AUGAGCUUGGACCAGAGUUUGAGUAAUCUGACUCUGUACGAUGCCAAAAAAUACUUCAGAAGAGCCCAGAAUGUGGUGUUCAAUUAUACGGAUAUGGAGGCCAAAGUUCGCGAAGCUACAAACAACGAACCAUGGGGAACCUCGUCUACGCUGAUGGAGCAAAUCGCACAGGGUACGUACAACUAUCGUGAGCGUGAAGAGGUGCUAGGAAUGAUAUUUCGGCGGUUCACAGAGAAAACGGCGACUGAGUGGCGACAAAUUUACAAAGCAUUGCAAUUGCUAGAAUAUUUGGUGCGUCAUGGCGCGGAACGGUUUAUCGACGAUGUACGUGCUAAUUUGUCGCUGGUAAAAAUGCUAGAAACGUUUCAUUACAUUGACGUCCAGGGGCGCGAUCAGGGCAUAAAUGUCAGAAAUCGGUCUUUGGAGUUAGUCAAGCUUCUCGAGGACGACUCAAAAAUCCGCGUAGAACGAAAGAAGGCUCGAGAAACGGCGAAAAAAUACAAAGGCGUUGCUGGAGGUGCUCCUUCGUCGUACCUGCCUCCGUCUGCCAUUAACAGAGCCGCUGGUUUCGGCAAGUCGUCUAAUCGCGGCAUUUCUGUGAGCGCCGACUUUGACAGUGACGAAGAAGAACGCGAGGUUUAUGAAGCACGCGAAGCCCGCAAAGAUCAUGAGAGUGGUACUUCCAAAAGCGCCACGCCGCCUGCCACCACCAAAACGGGUGAUGUCCCGAACGACAGCGAUGACGACGACGACGAUUUUGCUGACUUUCAAAGUGCCGCGCCAGUGACUCAACCGACAACUUCGAACUCUCAGAACAUGAUUGAUAUUUUCUCUGAUUUCCCAUCCGUGCCCGCCAAAGCUGAGAACAGUAAUCUGGCAUUUGCAUCGCAUAACUUUCAUGCAGCUGGUCCAAUACCGGCUGUUAACCAAAAGGCAGCUGAUCCAUUUGGUUCGCUGUUCAACAGUGCCAAGCUAACGAAAGAGCCAGGCAUCAGCUCUCCUCGGACGACGGGCACGCCGCUACAAGCUGCAGCGUCUUCAAGCGAUGACAGUGGCAACGACAAAGACAAUAACCAUGACGACGACGAUGAUUUUGGCGAGCUGGAAACGGCAACAACAACAGCAGGACCAACAACAUCGUUUGGUGACAAUUCUGUAAAGCCUGCUCAAAACGGGCAGGAAUUUGACCUGUUGAGCUUCUGA